AUGGCAGACCGCUCGCCGCAUAGAUGCUUUAUUCUUGGACUCCGAGCAUCUCACGUCACAAGCGCGCCGACGCGUAAUAUUAAUCGAAACCGCUCCGUUGACGUUGAACGCCAAACUCGUCCUUCUCCACUGCUAUCACGUUGUUCGGGCUGUCUUGUCUUCAAAGUGCCAUCUAUGCAUCCUCUAUGGGCUACAGUGGCUCUUGUCUCUGUUGCGACGUCUGGUUUUGCCCUCGCUCAGAGAGCCCCACAGAAUUAUAUCGUCGCUAAUGCGAACCUUGCGCCGGAUGGAUUCAACCGCUCGACUGUAGUCAUGAAUGGACAGUUUCCGGGACCUCUGAUUUCUGCUAACGCUCCGAACGCACACUUUCAGCUCAAUAUAACGGAUCUGCUCACCGAUCCGACUAUGCGUCGAGCAUUAACCAUCCAUUGGCACGGUAUUUUCCAGCCGCAUCAAAAUCAGUACGACGGGGUCGCAUUCGUCACGCAGUGCCCCAUUGUUCCCGAGCAUUCAUUCUUAUAUGACUUCAUUGUGCCGAAUCAGACUGGAAGUUACAUAUUGGUGGCAAGUAGGACGCGCUUUGUGAACGAUCCAACAAGCUCACGCAGCUCUUCAGGCAUAGUCAUUAUUCCACUCAGUACUGCGACGGUCUACGGUCCAUUUGUCAUUUAUGAUCCUCAUGACCCCUUAAAAUACCUCUACGACAUCGACGAUGAAUCUACCGUCAUUACAAUAGGAGAUUGGUAUCGUCAAGUCUCAACCGCCGUAUUUCCAAAUCCACAGAAAAACCCGCCAACGCCUGAUUCAACUGUCAUAAAUGGUCUGGGGCGCUCGGCUAGCGAUAUCGGUGCUGGUACUCCCAGUCCACUAGCAGUCGUUCGUGCACAGCCAGGCAAGAGGAACGUCUUGCAUCGUUUACGAAUAGUUAGCAUCAGCUGUUUGCCAGGAUAUCUUUUCUCCAUUGACCAGCAUAACCUAACGGUGAUUGAGACUGAUGGUGUCGAGACACAGCCGUACACUGUUGAUUCAAUCCAAAUUGAAGCCGGACAACGCUAUUCUGCAAUUCUUACCGCCGACAAACCUGUGGGGAACUAUUGGAUUCGCUCUAUCCCGGUUCGAGGAGACGGAAACGCGACAACAGUUGGAGGUCCGUAUCAGUCGUACUCUGCGUGCGCGCCACCGAUAGAUUAUCUUUCAGGGGUCAAUUCCGCCAUUCUCCGUUAUGACGGAGCGCCCGACGAAGAGCCAAACUCUACUGCAGUUGCCAACCCAGUUCAGCUGAACGAGGCGAACGUCCACCCACUCAUCAACCCCGGCGCUCCUGGGCAGCCAUUUCCUGGCGGCGCAGACGUCAAUAUCGAGAUGUUCAUCAAUAAGGACCCGGUCUCUCAAAACUUUACUAUCAAUAAUGUAGCAUUUACGCCUCCUUCCGUGCCUGUUUUAUUGCAAAUUCUCAGUGGUUCCGUUAACCCCGGAAGCAUUAUGCCAAAUGGUUCGGUGUAUAGCCUUCCACCGAACAAAGUUAUCGAGAUCUCAUUCCCUGGCGCAUUUCCUCAUCCGAUGCAUUUACAUGGUCAUAACUUCGACGUCGUUCGAGUAGCAGGCAGCUCCGAAUACAACUACGUGAAUCCUAUCCGCAGAGAUGUUGUAGGAGUUGGCAAUACGGGCGACAACGUGACUUUCCGUUUCGUAACAGAUAAUCCUGGUCCUUGGUUCCUCCAUUGUCAUAUUGAUUGGCAUCUGGACGCAGGCCUUGCUGCUGUGUUUGCGGAGGAUGCCCCAGAUACUGCCGCUGCGGAUCCAGUGGGCUCGCAAUGGCAAAAUCUUUGCCCAUUAUAUAGUCAACUGGAUCCAGACGCCGAUCUUCCUGGUUUCUGA